AUGAGCGCAUCCGACUCGCUCGCGCCACUUCCCAGCGACCAGCAGAACGGACAGGAUGCUGGGAAGCGCAGAGAGAGCUUCAGCUCUCAGAACUCGCAGACUGCGAAAGAAUUCAUCGAAUCGCAAAUGCGCCUCGAGGCCGACGCUCGCGAAAUCCUACCAUACUCAUUCAACUCCUGCACACAAGCCCUAGGGCCCCUUCGGCAGAGUCUAUUCGCCUGUCUUACCUGCAACCCUCCCACCGACGGACCAGAUGCGCCAUACACUGCCGCUGGGGUCUGCUACUCCUGCUCCAUUGCAUGCCACGGUGAACAUACGCUCGUCGAGCUCUUCAACAAGAGAAGCUUUGUCUGCGACUGUGGGACAACGCGCGUGCCAUCGGGCCUGCCUUGCACCCUGCGCAACGACCCAAAAACCGGGGCCAAGGGCGUUCGCUCGGAGGAGCCCGCGCCAGGGAACAGAUACAACCACAAUUUCGAGAACAAGUUCUGCGGCUGCGGCGAGGAGUACAAUGCUUUCGAGGAGAAAGGGACAAUGUUCCAGUGUCUGGGGCUGGGCACUGUUGAGACCGGCGGUUGUGGCGAGGAUUGGUGGCAUCCAGAGUGUCUUAUUGGGCUACCAAGAGACUGGUAUACGAAAGCAAAGGCCGAGUCAGAUGAUACUGUGAAGGAGAAGCAGGAUGUUGAGGCGGCGGAUGAAGAUGAUGGAGAUAUGCCUCUUCCGCCUGGAUUCCCAGCUGAGGACGAUUUCGAGACUUUCGUCUGUUACAAGUGUGUUGAAUCGAACCCCUGGCUGAAGCGGUAUGCCGGCACGUCAGGCUUUCUUCCCGCGGUCUAUAAAGAGGGCGGGUUGUCGACAGCUUCAGAACAGCAACAACCCACCGCUCAAGCUUCCCCUACACCGUCGCAACAACCAAUUAACACUAAGAAGCGCAAAGCAGACGGCGAUGAAGCGGAAGAAGGAUCGGAAGAAACCACCGAAUCAUCCGCGAAGCGACCAAAGGCAGAAGACCCCGACAACCAGACCACCCCAGCACCCAACCCAGAACCCACACACCCCGAACCCGCCAAACCCAAGCACGCCUCUCUCCCCGACCCACCCCCCACAGCCACAUUCUCCCUCUUCCUCAAAGAAGACUUCCGCGACCACCUCUGCCGCUGCCCAGACUGCUUUCCGAACCUAGCCAAACACCCGCAGCUCCGCGAAGAUGAGGAUACCUACGAGCCCCCGCUCUCAGAGGACGGCGAGGCCAACGGCGGCGGCAGCACGGGCACAGGCAGCAUCUACGACCGCGGCGAGGCGGCGCUGAGCAACAUCGACCGCGUGCGCGCUAUCGAGGGCGCGAUGGUCUACAACCACCUCCGGGACAAGGUGAAGGAGUUCCUGAAGCCGUUUGCUGAGUCCGGCACCGCCGUCGGCGCGGAGGAUAUCAAGGCGUACUUUGAGAAAUUGCGUGGUGACGAGCAGUCGAUCAAGGAGGCUGCUGCGGGCCGGGUCUCAGCCUCUCCAAAGGAAAAUGGUGAUGGGAAGGAUGAGGGGGAUGGGCGCAAGGAACAAAGUGGCAGGUUAUUGAUGUUGCAAUUCGUGACUGAUGAUUCGCAUAUGGAAGGGUUUUUGCUUUGA